AGGGGAUAAAUACCCUCCGUGAGCCCAUGGAGAGGGUGGUCUGCAUUCAGCGCGGCCAAUCCCUUCCUUAAGAUCGCUUGACUGUGAUUGAGUGUUACCCCUGACAUUCAGGAUGAUUUAUGAACGUAUUGCAGAGACCCUUGAUGGGCAUUACCUUCCACUGGCAGCUGGCCUUGUCUUCUUGUUUGUCGCGGGAAAAUGCUUCUACGAGUGGUUCAUCAACCCUGUACAUAAAUUCCCAGGACCAAAACUAGCGGCAGUCACCCGCCUGGUCCAUAUGUAUCACUAUCUCGCGGGAGAUGAGCUUGCCUGGGUGAGAAACCUCCAUCUGGUCUAUGGGGACGCCGUCCGAACCUCCCCCGACCAGGUUAGCUACUCGUCCGCGGAGGCAUGGAGAAGUAUCUACGGCCACGCGAGCGCGACCAAGAAGUCCACCGAGAAGGAUACACGCUUCUUUGGCCGGACUCUGAACGGAAUCCCGGACAUCAUCCGCGCCCCAGCUGUUGACCACUCGCGCUUCCGUCGCAAUUUCUCGCAUGCCUUCUCGGACAAGGCCUUGCGCGAGCAGCAGCCACUCAUCGCCCACUACGCGGACAUGCUGAUCGAGAAGCUCCGAGCGAUCGUCGAAACUGACCCCAAAGCAAAGAUCGAGAUGGUUCUGAUGUACAACCUGACCACGUUCGACAUCAUGGGUGAUCUGACCUUUGGAGAUCCCCUCAAUCUGUUGGCAGGCACUGGCAACGUAGGAUGGGUGACCUCCAUCUUCUCCAGCGUCAAGGUCAAUACUCUUAAACGUGUCGCACGAUACUACCCAUGGUGCUCCUCUUUGCUCAACCAGGUUCUUCCCCGGUCACUGAAACAAAGGCAAGCGUCACAUCAUCAGUCCUGCAAGGAGCGGGUCGAUUGGCGAGUGGAUCAGAGUCUCGACCGACCUGAUAUUUGGGGUCUCAUCAUGGCACAGAAGGACUCCCUACGUCUGAGUCGCGAGGAGAUGUACGCCAAUUCCCAGCUGUUCAUGGUCGCCGGCACAGAAACCACCGCCACGGCCCUGAGCGGCCUCACCUACCAGCUGUUGCUGAACCCCGACAAGCUGGAAAAGAUUACCAAGGAGGUUCGAGACACUUUUGAGCGGGACUCGGAUAUCGAUAUGCUCCGCUUGGCACAGAUGAAAUAUUUGAACCGGUGCAUCGAGGAAGGCUUGCGAAUGUACCCGCCCGUCCCCUCGGGAAUGCCUCGUGUCACCCCCAAGGAGGGUAUGGAAAUCUGCGGCGAAUACAUGCCUGGAAAUACGGCGGUUUCCGUACACCACUGGGCCACAUAUCGCAACCCGCGAAACUUCACCCGGCCCGAUGAGUUCCUCCCUGACCGCUGGACUGACGACCCUGAGUUUGCAGGCGACAACAAGGCUGCUUUCCAGCCAUUCUCUUUCGGCCCUCGCAACUGCCUGGGCAAAAACCUCGCGUAUCAUGAGAUGCGACUCAUCCUGGCCAAGGUCCUCUUUCACUUUGAUCUGACCCUGGCUCCGGAAUCGAUAGGUUGGGAGAAGCAAAGAGCGUGGACGCUAUGGGAAAAGAACAACCUGAUGGUCCAACUGACCCCACGGGUCUAG